AUGGCCACGACCCGCCUACGGAAAGCUUUUCGCUACCCCGACGACUCCGACGAAGAGCUCCCCGAGGGCAUCGACGAACAAGAGCAAGAGAAGCUCAUCACCGAACUCCAAACUGAGGAUGUUGCCAAAACGGAGUUCUACAAGAAAGCGUUCCUCGCGCUCCCCGCCCUUUCCCUAAUCCUCUAUCUGCGCCCCCUCUUCGCGUCUUCCUCCUUCGCCGAGUUUUUGACCGCCGUUCUCGCCGUCACCUCCCUCGCCGCAUCCGCAUACACGCUGUAUUUCAUACCGCUCGGAAACCCGCCUUCUUCGUCCUUUUUGCCUGCGCGCGCUCAGGUCAGCUCAGGCUCGGCAGUCCGGAGGGGGUACGAGAUGGCGCUGAGGACUCUUGGGACGGGUGGCGUGGAUGAUGGCCCAGUUGAGAAGUUUCUGCCGCUGCUGAACUUGGCUCUGUGUUUGGUGGUAUGGCUGAAGUCGCGCACCGCGAAGGACGAGGUUGCGGGGUGGGAAGGCGGUUUACCUACACUCGUGUUUGUACUGAAUCAAGAACAUUACGGAGUUCCGGCUGCUAGUGCUAACUCAUUUAAGGAAUUCUGA